CUUAGAUGCUUAUUUUGGCAACCUAUCUAGAAUGUUUCCACCAGCCUAGAAAUAAAAGCACCCAUGAAGAACUACGACGGAGUAUAAAUGCGUGGCUCUCCAGCCUCCAUAAGUUUUGUAAUUUCCCUUUUCCACCACCACCUACCAGAUUCUCAGCUUCUCCUCUCCUAACUAUCAGCCACUUCAUUUAACCACAUUCUACUUUGCUUUCGAUCCAAUCGACUAGGCACUUAUCAAGCCGUCCUCAUCAAACCACCAACUUUCUCCCACCCAUUAACGCUACCAAACAAAAAUGUACUUCUCCGCCGCCGUCCGCACCGCCCUCCUGGCCCUCCUGGCCGCCUCCCAGGUCGCCGCCGCGCCUUUAGCCACCGACAACGGCGUGGCCGCCGUCCGCAUCGCGCAGCGGGGCGUUUCCGCGACCGCUGCCGCGGCCGCCGCGCAGGCGCUCGCCUCCCGCGCCGAGGGGGCCGCCGCCAUCAACGAGGAGGCCGACGAGGCUCCCAUCAGCGAGGAGCCCGAGCAGAUCGCCCCUAGGCUGAGCACCCGGUCCCGGAAGAUGAAGGCCGGGUUCCGGAGCGGUGAGAGCGGUGGGGCCAAGCUCGCCGUGUGCGGCACUGGCCAGUGGUCGGGCUGCUAAGCGGUUGCUGUUCCACCCAGGCCAGUGGUGCGACGAAAACGUCGGCUAUUUUUGUUAGCGUUGGAAUUCGGGGAAGCGUGGAGUUUUUGCCUUUUUCAUUCUCUUUUAACCCACAUUUUGUUCUUUUGUUUUCUUCUGCUUUUUUUCCACUGCGUUUUUUCUGUGGUACUCUUCUGCUUUCAUUGUUUAGCGUUUCAAUCCAGUUUUGUUAUGCUUUUUUUUUUAGCUGUUUUAUUUAGAGAUCGUAUUUAACAACAUACUUUCUCCGCCGCCACGCUAUAAAUGGUUUCUAAAGAUAUCAAAUGCUGUUUUCGUCGCGGGGUCCGUUAACC